GAUGAAUAUGUAUUAUUACAUUUAGGUAAACUGAAGUCCAUGGAAUUUGAACACUGGUUUUUGGUUUCUGUGGGUGGAAAGUUAAAUGAAAGGCUCUGAGAGAACAUAUUUGCCUAAUGUCUGUUUAUACUUAUACAGGGAAAUGCUGAAAGAAGAUUGAGAACUGGUAAUAAUACCCAUACGUAUUUUGGUGAGAAGAUGUAUUUGUGAUGGGAAUAUAAGGCGAUCUUUUUUAUACCCAUCUUCCCUCUUAUCAAAGUACUACAAAGGCAACAAAAACAGAAAAAGAAUGGCUCGCGCGCCGCCGCCGCCGCUUCCGGGUUUGUUCUGAACUCCUAUUGGCUGAGAAUUAACUUCCGCCUCCACACAGCGGUGACGCGCGGAAUUUAAACAUGGCUGAAGUGGCAUAUGACAGUGACAGUGAUAUUGAGGUUAUGGCACAGAGCCGCCCAAAUCCACCUCCCAAACGAAGGCGUGUCCUCGACCCUUCAGCCAUCAUACCUGUGCCCAUUUAUUCCAAAAAGGUCACCCGCAGCCUACAACUGAAUCCAGCUGUCUUCAAACAACUAGACUGCACAGAGGUAAAUGAAGACGAAGACAGACUCUGGCCUCCAUUUCCACCCAAAAGUAAGAACAAGCCAAUCAGCAUAAUCCUGAGUGACUCUGAGGAGGAGCCAGAACCAGAUAAACCUCAACUGGUGAGCCAGACCCCCUCUUCACCUCCACCUCACUGCAUCCCAACUGCUUUGAAAACUAACCGGGCAAACAAAAAAAUAAGACAAAUCAACCAGAAACUGGAUACAUUUAGCUCGCUCAUGUGUUUAACAUCCAAAAGACCUGAAGAUAUUCCAGACUUCAGUGACUGUCCCUCCCAAAUAAACAAGUGCUAUGAUGAUGACAACGACAUUAUAAUCAUUUCCUCUGAGGACAAAAAGAAGAGACGUCCAGCCAAACCUAAGCCCAGAAAACGUGCUCGAGAAAUCUCACUGAAAUUUCGCUGGAGAAUGGACGUGCACAAAAUUCCAGUGCUUUCAACAGAUCCUCUGAGCAAGGCUGUAGCUCAGUUAUCUGUCAAACUUAAAGUCCCACCCUCUAAAAUACUGCUAAUGCGGAAUGAUGAUGAGCUUCCUGUGCACUCUACAAUCACGCAGUUAGAUCUGGGCAUUGCAGACAUCAUAGAUUGUCUUGUGAAAACUGAUGAUGAAGAUGAAAGCAAAUGUGAUGUCAUCACUGUGCGACUGCAGGGCAAAGAAAAAGGAUCUGCACAGGAAUAUUCCUUGCGUACGGAUGCUCCUCUGGAUUCCAUCCUGUCACAAUACACUUCAGGUCUGUCUGCCACUGCUAAGCGCAAGGUCAAAUUCCUCUUCGAUGGGUUAAAGGUGAAACACAAUCAGACACCUUCACAGCUGGACAUGGAGGAUGGUGAUGUCAUUGAUGUCUGGGCCUGAUUUCUGUAACAAUGAUGUUUCAUAUCAACUGCCUCCUUUGCUUUUUUUUUCUUCCUGAGGUUAAAAUUAGAGUGUAUAUUUAAAUUUUGUCUAAUUUAAAAGUGUACAUAUAUUUCUACAUCAUGUAAACAGUUUUUUAAAUAUACAUAUUAGUGACAAUAAUAAAAGAUUUGCUGUUA